AUGAGGUGGUCGUGGGGUCAUCUGGUGCUGAGGGUUCUGCUGGGCGCGGCGUGUGGAGUGAUGCUGGCACUGCUCCUGGAGGCUAAGCUGGGUGCCCUGAAACCUCCAGGACCCCAACCCCAUCUCAAGUCCAGGAGCCCCCUGCAUCCCCCAAUACCCAUAACCCCCUUGGCCCCAGAUACCCUGGACGUCCCCAUGGAGAUAUUCUCAGAACAGUUUUUGACCCUAAACAUGGCAGUGGUGACGUAUCCCUAUUCUUACCCUUUCCUGAUCAACCACCCAGACAAGUGUCAGGGCGACACUGCCCCUUUCCUGCUGAUGUUGGUGAUGACUCAGCCUCAGGAAAGUGAGGCCCGGGAGGCCAUCCGGACCACCUGGGGAGAUGAAGCCAUCGUGCCCAACGUGACCAUCCGUCGUCUCUUUGUGCUUGGCUUGUCUCCACCCCACUUACAUAGACACCUUCAGUACCUGUUAGAGAGGGAGGAUGCUGAAAAUCAAGACCUGCUUCAGGUGGGCUUCUUAGAUACAUACAGCAACCUGACUCUCAAGACCCUGAUGGGGCUGGAGUGGGUGUCCCGACACUGCCAAACUGCCCAGUAUGUGCUCAAGGUGGAUGGCGAUGUAUUCCUGAACCCCAGCUUCCUGGUACAUCAGGUGCUACAGCCUGAGGGGCCCCCACGGCCAGCCUUCAUCACUGGCUACAUCUACAAGAAGAGGAUGCCCGUGAGGAAACCAAACUACAAGUGGUACAUGCCCCGAGAGGUGUUCCCAGGAAUCAUCUACCCACCCUACUGUGGUGGAGCUGGCUAUGUGAUGUCUGGCUGCCUUGCCCUGAAAAUUCUGGCUGUGGCCCAGAAAAUCAAGGCAAUCUACUUAGAGGACGUAUUUGUGGGGUUGUGUCUGAAGCAUUUGAGGGUGAAACCCACUCCUAGUUCUCUAGAUAGUUUCCAAUUCUUUGGGAGGGAAUAUGAACGCUGUGAUUUCAACCAGCUCGCCAUUGUCCAUCCCAUCAAGCCUGUGGACUUACUCUGGAUCUGGAUGGACUUUCAAAAGGCCAACACCACCUGCCCCCCAAGUUAG